UUUUUGUUACUCCGGCGUCGAAGCCAGUGGCCGUCGAGUAGUUGGGUCGUUGAGCUGCCCAACUAGACCCUUUUAAUUCAGCAACCAGAAACCAGCUUUUUUCUCCCAACAAUUAUUAAAUCAUCAAUUUUAACAUUCAUUGCCUAUUUGUAGAAUUGCUCUUCUAUCUGUCUCCCAUCCAGAUACAGAUCUCGAGUACUUGUAAUUCUACUACUGUUGUCAAUCAUCACUCUCUUCAAUGGCGGGUUUUUUCUCUGUUCUCAGGCGCCUCUAUCUAUCCGUUUAUAACUGGACCGUUUGCUUUGGAUGGGUUCAAGUUUUGUAUCUAGUUUUGAAGACAUUGAAGGAAUCAGGUCAUGAACAUGUUUACGAUGCGGCUGAAAAGCCUUUGCUUUUUGCUCAAACCGCUGCUGUGUCAGAGAUUCUUCAUGGUUUAUUAGGGCUGGUUCGUUCUCCCGUUUCAGCAACCUUGCCACAGAUAGGCUCAAGGUUGUACCUAGUUUGGGGCAUCUUAUAUAGUUUCCCUGAGACUCGAAAUCAUAUACUGGUUACUUCCCUGUUAAUCAGCUGGUCUCUCACAGAGAUAAUCCGUUAUUCUUUCUUUGGCUUGAAAGAAGCAUUUGGUUUUGCCCCUUCAUGGCUACUGUGGCUCAGAUACAGCACCUUCUUGUUGCUGUAUCCAACCGGCAUCAGUAGUGAAGUUGGUCUAAUAUACAUUGCCUUGCCAUUUAUUAAGAAUUCUGACAAGUAUUGCGUGAGGAUGCCCAACAAAUGGAACUUCUCUUUCGAUUACUUCUAUGCUGCAAUUGUUGCAUUAGGAAUCUACGUUCCAGGUAGUCCUCACAUGUAUAGAUACAUGCUUGCACAGAGGAAGAAAGCCCUCUCAAAGUCAAAAAGGGAGUAAAUCUGACAAGGUCAAGUCUUUAUUAGUCAUUGGUCAACCAUGAGAGUGCCUUUAUUUGGUUUCAAUUUCAUUUCCAUAGAAUGUAUGAUCUUCUUGAUAAUCCAUGUACUUGAUGAAAAAAAAAAAUCAACAUAGGAAAAAAGUUUAUCAAAUUAUUGUGUUUUCAGUCAUUUAGUGCGAACAACAUUUUCGACAGGAAAUUUUGGGAAAUCAUAGAAGUAGCUUUACUUCA